AUGGAAAAGGCCAGCAACAUGAAGCAAAUGCAUCAUUUCAAGUUCAAAGUUCCGUCGUUCGACUUCGCGAGCGACCGCAACAACAGCAACCCUAGCUCGGUAGACGGAGAUUUGGUGGCGGCCGGGUUCUCGUGGCCGCCUAGGAGCUACGUGUGCAGCUUCUGCAAGAGGGAGUUCCGGUCGGCUCAGGCGCUUGGGGGCCACAUGAACGUCCACCGGAGGGACCGGGCUAGGCUGCGCCAGUCUCCGCCGAGAGACGGUGGAGGUAACGGCGGUCAAUUUUCUCCGUUAAACCUAAAUCUUGACCCAAACCCUAGUUUUCACCCAAACCCUAAUUUGAUGAAAUUCCCCCAUUUCACUUCCAAAUUGCCCCCGACCACGCCCGUGACCGCGGAUUUCAUGAAGGUGAGGGCGGCGAGAGGGUUUCUCGGGUCGUCGGAGAUUAAGAAGCCGGGGUUUGUGAGGUUGGAUUUGGAGAUUGGGCUGAUUAGUCCAUCUAGUAAGGAGGAGCUUGAUUUGGAACUUCGACUUGGAUACACUUAG